AUGGACAUUCCUGCCAAUUCAUCUGUUAUGGGAACUAAAAAUAUCUGCAUACUUUUAGUUCUUGAUGAUUUUACUUGUCAUAAUAUUGUUUCUGAUAUGCUUCACAACCAAACUUAUCAAGUUUUGCAUGUUGGAAAAACAAUGGAUACUUUAAAUGCUGUUUGGGAAAGAAAGAGUAUCUUCAAUCUUGUUCUUACAAACAUCCAUAGGCUUAACACAAAUGGGGUUGAUAUUCUCCAAAUCAUCAAGAACAAACUCAAUCUUCCUACCAUUUUUAUGUCACCAGAUGAUACAAGAUGUGAAAAUCAAGUACAAGAUUGUAGUGUUGGAGCAUAUGUUGUGAGUUUCUCAGAUACAGAUGAGAUGAACAAGUUUUGGCAAAUGGUGUUAGAGAAGGAGAAAGGUAGAAAAGCAGCAGUUAAUCAAGAAGAGAAUGAUUCAAGAUUGCCUCAGAAUGUAACUGCAGAGACUAGUAGAGAAAACACAACAUCUGCUGAUACUGAUGUAGCGAUAAUGGCGCAUGAUCUGAAGGGUAAGCGAAAAGCUAACAGUGACAGAAGUGAAGAAAAUAGAGACUUCGAAAAGAAACGAAGGGUUGUAUGGACUCCAAAGAUGCAUCAAAGUUUCUUGCAAGCUAUCCAGUACUUAGGCUAUGAAAAGGCUGUUCCUAAGAAAAUAGUUGAAAUUAUGAAUGAGCCUGGAUUGACUAGAGAACAUGUUGCCAGUCAUUUGCAGAAAUAUCGCAUGUGUAUUAAAAGAGCGCAAGAAAGUUCAGCUGCUUCUAUCUAUGACCAAAUCCUAACAAAUGAUGCUAAUGCAAAAUGCUUUCAAGUUCAACCAUACCUAUCUCCUCUAAAUUUCAGCAGUUCGCGAGGAUAUUCUCAUUCUAUACAACAGCCAUUUCAGACUCACUUCCAGCAAGGAACUGGCGGCAUGAACUGUCCAACUUCUGGCCAAAUGGGCAGUUUCCAGCAGCAGAACAGUCUCUUGGAUUUUGCAAAUUUGCAACAAGCAGAUCAUAAUGGCCUAAUUGGACGGCAUUCGACAUUUAUGCCAAGAAUAGCUCAUAGUAGUAACUUCAGAGUAUAUGGUGACAAGAGAAAGAACAUGCUUUUCAGCAUCCAAAGUGGCAAUGAAAACCAGCCCACAAACUCAAGUAAUGCUGGUUUGGAGUUUCUUGGUUUUAGAUUGAGCACAGAUGGGAAAUCUGUCAACUUUGGUCACAAAAGUUCCUCUUGUACUGUAAUCCCAAAUAAUGCGUAUUCUGGUCUAUGUUCCUCAAUAUCAGAGGACUACAUUCACAAGCAGCAAUCUUCACCACAAUUCUUGGAAACCCCUACUGAAAAUACCUUAAUUCAAUCCUCUUCAGUUCAACCUGAAAAUCUCACAUUUAAUCAUCCUUCUAACAGCAUUUCACAACAACAGAAUCUUCUACUAUUCGAUAAUGCAGUGAAUACAAUAUCAUGUGAAAUCCCAGAAAUGCCUGACAGCUUCAUACCGCAAGAACAGCUUGCAGCACAGCCAUCAUCAAAGGAUCUUGAAAACUAUUCUGCAAUAUUAUUUAGUGAUGAUGAAGUAUAUGUGCCAUCACUAGAGAAUUAUGAUUCUAUACAGAAACAAUAUUCUGCACCAGAGUUACCACAAGUAACUCUUGAAGUCAAUAGUUUAGGUACUGAAAUAGACAUUAAGUCUCUACUGGAAACAACAGAAGACAGAAGUACACAACUAUUUUGGGAGGAGAAUGAACUUCUUUAA